GGUCACCAUUUGACCCGCAGGCCUAAACCCGACCCAUGAUCUAUUAAUGUCGGCGUCAACUUACUAGGGCCGUCAUUCUGUUGCGGCACAGAUACUCUGUUUUCAAAGACUAUUGAUAUGGGGUGUUAUGAGCCCAGCUCAAAAAAAAGGCACGGUCAAUGCGAAGUCAACCUAAGUUGGGGUAUCUUUUUACAUAAUGGAUCAGCCAAUGAUCCGUUAUUCUGUUAGACAAGCAAGCCGAGGAAGAAAGUUGAUCAACAUCUGCGUCUUGUAGUGAGAGGGUGUGAGAAGAAAGAAAGAAAGAAAGAAAUUUGGGGAAAAUGUUGACUUUGAACGGUAAAAAAUGAGGAGAAGUCGGAGUGUUAGGGAUAGUGUUUGGUCGGAUUCUGUUGCGGGGUCUCUUCUGGGUUUGCGUUUUGCAGGGUGGGUGCUGCGAUUUGAGAAGACUUAUAUGCCAAACAGGAAUACUGUGUGCCAGAGAUUGUGAAGGAUGACGACAAGGAAGAGGAAGUGGUCAAGAUUAAAGAACAUGUUGACAUCAUUAAGUCCAUGUUGAGCUCAAUGGAGGAUGGAGAGAUUAGCAUUUCAGCUUAUGACACUGCUUGGGUUGCACUCAUACAAGACAUUCACAACAAUGGUGCUCCUCAAUUCCCAUCUAGCCUGCUCUGGAUUGCUGAGAAUCAGCUACCGGACGGGUCAUGGGGUGACAGUCGCGUAUUUUUAGCAUUUGAUCGAAUAAUCAAUACAUUAGCUUGUGUUGUUGCUCUCAAGUCAUGGAAUGUUCACCCUGAUAAAUGCGAAAGAGGAAUCUCCUUUUUGAAAGAAAAUAUAAGCAUGCUAGAAAAAGACGAUUCCGAGCACAUGCUUGUUGGCUUUGAAUUUGGUUUCCCUGUGUUGCUUGACAUGGCUCGAAGAUUAGGCAUCGAUGUUCCUGAUGAUUCGCCAUUCUUGCAAGCUAUCUACGUCCAGAGAGACCUGAAACUCAAAAGGAUACCAAAAGACAUAUUGCACAAUGUGCCCACAACACUGCUCCAUAGCUUGGAAGCAAUACCAGACCUGGAUUGGACAAAGCUUCUAAAACUACAAUGUCAAGAUGGUUCACUCUUGUUCUCCCCAUCCUCCACUGCCAUGGCAUUCAUCAACACUAAGGACGAAAACUGCUUGAGAUAUCUAAAUUACGUGGUCCAGAGAUUCAAUGGUGGAGCCCCAACGGUUUACCCCUACGACUUGUUUGAGCACAAUUGGGCGGUUGAUCGCCUACAACGCUUGGGAAUCUCAAGAUUUUUUCAGCCAGAGAUUAGAGAAUGUAUGAGCUAUGUUUACAGGUAUUGGACUAAAGAUGGGAUCUUCUGCACAAGAAAUUCACGGGUUCAUGAUGUUGACGAUACAGCCAUGGGAUUCAGGUUGCUUAGAUUGCACGGCUAUGAAGUUCACCCUGAUGCAUUUAGGCAGUUUAAGAAGGGAUGCGAGUUUAUAUGCUAUGAAGGCCAAUCGCAUCCGACAGUCACUGUAAUGUAUAACCUGUACAGGGCUUCUCAGUUGAUGUUUCCUGAAGAAAAGAUUCUUGAUGAGGCCAAGCAGUUCACAGAAAAAUUCCUGGGAGAAAAACGAUCUGCUAAUAAGCUCCUAGAUAAGUGGAUCAUAACUAAGGAUCUGCCAGGGGAGGUGGGGUUCGCAUUGGAUGUUCCGUGGUAUGCAUCCAUGCCUAGAGUGGAGGCAAGAUUCUUCAUUCAACACUACGGCGGCGAAGAUGAUGUGUGGCUUGACAAGGCCCUUUACAGGAUGCCCUACGUUAACAACAAUGUGUAUCUAGAGCUAGCAAAGCUUGAUUACAACUAUUGCCAGGCAUUGCAUGGAACCGAAUGGGGCCGUAUACAAAAGUGGUAUGAAGAAUGUAAACCAAGAGACUUUGGGAUAAGCAGAGAAUGCCUUCUCCGUGCAUAUUUUAUGGCUGCUGCCAGUAUAUUUGAGCCAGAAAGGUCGAUGGAGCGCCUCGCCUGGGCUAAGACUGCGAUCUUGCUGGAAAUUAUAGUAUCUUAUUUCAAUGAGGUUGGAAAUUCCACAGAGCAGAGGAUAGCCUUCACAACUGAAUUUUCGAUACGUGCAAGUCCUAUGGGAGGCUACAUAAAUGGAAGAAAGUUAGAUAAGAUUGGUACGACCCAAGAACUUAUUCAGAUGCUACUCGCAACCAUUGAUCAGUUUUCGCAGGAUGCAUUCGCGGCAUAUGAUCACGACAUUACUCGCCAUUUACACAACUCUUGGAAAAUGUGGCUGCUAAAGUGGCAAGAAGAAGGAGAUAGAUGGCUGGGAGAAGCAGAGUUAGUGAUACAAACUAUAAAUCUCAUGGCGGAUCAUAAGAUCGCUGAGAAGCUCUUUAUGGGACAUACUAACUAUGAACAACUCUUCAGCCUCACCAACAAAGUUUGCUAUAGUCUUGGUCAUCAUGAGCUCCAAAACAACAGAGAACUGGAGCAUGACAUGCAAAGACUAGUGCAGUUGGUGCUGACGAAUUCCUCAGAUGGUAUCGACUCUGACAUCAAGAAAACGUUUCUCGCAGUCGCAAAGAGAUUCUACUAUACUGCCUUUGUCGACCCUGAGACCGUGAAUGUCCACAUUGCCAAAGUACUCUUUGAGAGAGUAGAUUAACACUGUUGAUGAUGAUCUUGAUUUUCAAAUAUUGAGUAGUACUACUACUUGUGAACAAAAUCUUAUGGGUGCUAUGAACGAAGAACAACAAUAUGGACGAAGACAAGUAGAUUUAAUUUUAUUUGCUAAUGGUCAGUACAUAGGGAUGUACCUCUUUCAAUCAUGUAGCAACUUGCUGCCUCCCCUGCCUUACUCUCACGCUUCGUAGGGGAAAAGGUCUCAAGGAUAUAUAUGAGAAUGAAGUCUGUCGUGUAUGUAAACUGACUGAAAGUCGAUUUUCGAUAUAAAAAGUAGGCAUGGAUGAUGGAUCGUUCAUACA